CAGGUUACGUCCGGGUCGAGGAGUCGCCCUCUCCGGCGGCCUUGUCCGCCAGAAGAUGAAGUACCUGAGGUUCUUGAGGAAGAGGAUGAACACCAAGCCCUCCCAUGGCCCCAUCCACUUCAGGGCUCCCGCCAAGAUCCUCUGGCGAACCAUCCGAGGGAUGAUUCCUCACAAGACGAAGAGGGGCGCAGCGGCGCUGGCAAGGUUGAAGACCUAUGAGGGGGUGCCUCCGCCGUAUGACAAGAUCAAGAGGAUGGUUAUCCCAGAUGCUCUCAAGGUUUUGAGGCUGCAAGCGGGGCAUAAGUACUGUCUGUUGGGUCAGCUCUCGAAGGAGGUUGGAUGGAACCAUUAUGACACAAUUAAGGAGUUGGAGGAGAAGAGGAAGCAGAGGGCACAGGUUGCAUACGAGAGGAGGAAGCAGUUGGCUAAAUUGCGCCUCAAGGCAGAGAAGGUGGCUGAUGAGAAACUUGGUCCUCAGCUCGACAUUUUGGCACCAUUGAAGUACUAGUUAUAUCCAUAGCCAGUUCAGUUUUGAAGCACCACCUUUUUUAGAUUAAUUAAUUGCGUUUCCAUUUUGAAAGUUCUGUAGCUUUAUUCUGGAUACUUGGAGUGAUUACUUGGAGUGAUAACUUUGCUCAGCUUUGUUUUUAGAUCUGUGGUUUCAUGAACAAACUUAAGAUGUUUGAUUUUGAAUGUUUUCCUUCUGAGCAAAUGUUUUACUGGCUUACUGAGUUAGAUGAUAUCUGGA